AGCAAAUAGCAAAUAGCAAAUAUUAGAGAAGCCAAAAGAGAAAUCAUGGCAACCUCUAUUUACGUUUCUCCUACCAUUUCUCUCUCUCCAUUUUUCUCCUUGAGACGUUUCCUUGGCCUGCUUCUCUGGUUUGGUCACCUCUCUCCUGAGAUUCCAUGGAAAGAGUGCCAGAACCUUCAGCUUCUUCCUGCAAUGGUUCCCAGGACAGUGCCAGAGAAGAUCAAGAAAAUGCAACUGUUACUUUUGCAUGCAAAACAUUAAAACGAUCUGGUUUCUCUGAUACUUUUUCACCAAAUGAAUUGAGAUCUUUGAAUGCAGAGAAAGAGGAGGAGGAGGGCCAAAUCCAAAAUGAGGGUCAUAAAGAAUCCUCUCCACGAGGAGUGCUAGAAGACGGUUCAAUUAGCUUAGAAUCAGAAACACUUGCCAAGGACAGCAAUUCAAAUGGCUCUGAAUCUGAAACAGCUUCCAAGCCCAGCACUUCAGGCUCUGAAACCCAAUUGAACUCAUCAGGAACUGCUCAGUGGCGUGACUUCUUUCGUGGACUUAAGGGAGCUACAAGACGCAUUCAAACCUUCCCUCCUCCUAAAAAACGUGGCCCCAAACUGACCAGAAGUAAGACCCAAAGAAUUAGAGAGGAAUUGAUUCCAGUUGUAAGUUCUCCUUUGGAAACUGAUAUCUACUGUCUGAAAUCUUCCUGGAAGAACUUUUCACUCUCAGAAAUCAAAACUGCAACCAAUAAUUUCAAUAAUGAGAAUUUGAUUGGAGAAGGAGGCUAUGCUGAAGUUUACAAGGGGCAAUUAAAAGAUGGGCAGCUUGUUGCAAUAAAAAAGUUAACCAGAGGUUCCCCAGAAGAGAUGACUGUUGAUUUCUUAUCGGAGCUUGGGAUGAUGGUUCAUGUUGAUCAUCACAACAUUGCUAAAGUGAUUGGCUAUGGAGUUGAAGGGGGAAUGCAUCUUGUGCUUGAGUUGUCUGCUCAUGGGAGCCUUGCAUCUUUACUUUACGGUCCAAAGGAAAAACUGGACUGGGGAAUUAGAUACAAAAUUGCUACAGGAACUGCUGAUGGUCUUCAAUAUCUGCAUGAGGGUUGCCAAAGGAGAAUUAUUCACAAGGAUAUCAAGGCUUCUAAUAUAUUGCUCACUGAGGAUUUCGAGCCUCAGAUUUCUGAUUUUGGUCUUGCAAAGUGGUUACCUGAGCACUGGACUCAUCACACUGUAUCAAAGGUGGAAGGCACAUUUGGUUACCUUCCUCCCGAGUUCUUCAUGCAUGGCAUAGUGGACGAAAAAACAGAUGUUUAUGCUUAUGGGGUAUUGCUAUUAGAGCUCGUUACUGGAAAGCAAGCAAUUGAUAGCUCUCAGCAAAGCCUUGUGAUGUGGGCUAAACCUUUGCUUAUGAAGAACAGUUUCAAGGAGCUUGUGGAUCCAACUCUUGGAGAUGCCUAUAAUGAGGAACAAAUGGAAGUUCUGGCCCUUACUGCUUCUUUCUGUAUACAUCAAUCUUCAGUGCAACGGCCUCAAAUGAACCAGAUUGUAGAGAUAUUAAAAGGAAACAAGGACAUCUUGGAAGAGGUAAAAGGGCUUCAGAAAUCUACACACCAAAGGACAUACUCUGAGGAGCUCUUUGAUGCAGACGAAUACAACUCAACAAAGCAUCUACAAGAUAUGAAUCGACACAUGGAAGUUCUAUUGGGCCAAUGUGAUGAAAACUCCAUAUAACCUCAUUGGGUUCUAAUAGAGUUGAUUGGCCAAAAAAUGAUCCAUUUAGCCAACUCCAAGUAGUUCAGGAUUAAGGCUUAGUUGUUAUCGUAUUCUGAUGAAAGCUUCAAGAUUGCAGAAGGAACUAUUAAAACCAUGGAAAAUUUUUGGCCAGAUUGUUUAUUCCCUGAAACUGGGUUCCUGAUCUUGCUGCCACAAGUGAAAUAUGGAGCAGGACUACUAGAACAGUUUUGAAGAAGCAAGAGGAGAAAGCACAAUGCAAUGCCAGACCAAUUGGUGUAUCAACGUAGGUCUUAUUUGUUAUGCAAUGAAGUUGAAUAUAAAUAGAUAAUUUCCAAUUUCUUUUUGUGUGAGGAAAAGCAGGAAAGUUGUUUUUCUUAAAUGUUUCUUGUAAAUCUCUGGUUUUGCAUUCCUCUCCUUAUUAAUUUAGAUAUAUAGAUAAAGUGAUUCAACCGCAGACUUACUCAGGCUAAAAGGAGUGACAUUGUCAGGCUGAAGAAGAUGAUUAAAACUUAGAUUCGAUUCACUAAUAAAUGAAUUUCACCAUAUAAAUGGAACUUGCUUGUUAUGAAAUUUACAUGUUUGUGUUUUAAAUUGAAAAUGGAAGGCAAGAAGGAGAGCCACAUAUUUGGAUUAUGCCCAUCAUAUCAAUAAAAAGAAAGUAGAGCAGACUCAAGACUAGAUUUA